AUGCGCGCAACCCUCCUCGCCCUCGCCCUCGCGGCGCUCGCCACCGCCGACGAAACCAGCACAGUCGGCACCUUUGGCAUCCACGACUCAGACCUCGACUCCAUUGCAAUCCCCUCCUUCACCUCCACCGGCGCCUCGGUCGUCUCUGUCAACGCCGUCGCCACCACCUACGAAGUCUCCUGCCUCAAGGACGCCCCCACUGAAUCCUGCUCAAUCAAGGACCCUUGGACGGUCACACAGGGCAUCAGCACCUACCGCCUGAACGCCGGCUACACCGACUUCGCGGGCCAGAUUCCGCUGACGGCAACACUCGACUAUGACUGCUCGUUUGAGACGUGGAGCACAAGUGCCGCGUGCUCGCUUUCGUUCUCGUGGUCCGGCAGCGCGAGUGGGGCCGAGCAGUCGAGCUCGUGGAGCACGCAUACUUCGCUGGAGACCGGGCAGGUCACGUAUUAUGAGCUGGAGGUUACGGGGGGGUUGGAUAAGUUUGAUAAGCCCGAGGCCACCGAGACGCCCGGGGGUGCGGCGGCUGUCUUUGCGGGGCCUGUGCAGGCGAUGAUUACGGGGGCGCCGGUUGUUCUGGCGGGUGUUGUUGCUAUGCUAUGA